AGGAAAUAACAAAGUAAGGACAGUUUGACAGAAGCAGAGGAAAGAAGAAGCCGAAACAGGUCCAGAAGUUGGACAGUUGUGUGGAGGAAGCAGAGAACAGUUCCAGCUCUCCAGGAUCCCGAUCCAUGGCAGCUCCUUCAGACUUCAGUCAGGAAGCUGGGCCAUCAGGGAAAAAAGGUCAGUUACAGAAGUGGACAACAACGUCCCCAGGAUCCAGUGUCUUGUCUUUGAAGAGUGAUGACUCUAAAGAAUUACCUCCAAGCUUCAGUAAUGAAGCGGAGCCCUCUGACACAAGAGGGAGGAAGAGAAGCAAUGUCUGUGUAGAGAGGCAGCCGUCCAGCUGUGCUUUAUGUCAGGAUGUCAUGAAGGAUCCAGUCUCCAGCAGAUGUGGACAGUGCAACACCUCUCACUGGGACCAGUCAACAUCAUCAGAGUACUCUUCCUGCCCUCAGUGUGAAAAAAGAUCAAGGAGUAGCGCUGGACUGCAGGCGGCACAUCAGAGCAGUACUGUGCAAGUAAAUGUUCAUCUGCGGGAGGUUUUAGAUGAAUAUAGGACUAGUCUCAGGAAGAGGUAUGAACAUGUGACUGAGGGAGUAGACAAGCCAGGAGGUUGUUCCCUCCUUAACAAGAUCUACACCGAUCUCUACGUAACAGAGGGACAGAAUGAAGAGGUCAGUAACCAACAUGAGGUGAUGCAGCUGGAGACAUCAGUCAAGAUCAUUAUGGAUAAUCCAAUCAGGUGCCACGAAAUCUUUAAACCUGAUCAAAACAAAGUCAUAAAACUGGUUCUUACAAAUGGCGUCGCCGGUGUUGGAAAAUCAUUCUUAGUGAAAAAGUUCGCUCUGGACUGGGCAGAGGGCUUGGAGAACCAAGAUAUCAGUGUGGUGGUUCUGCUUUCAUUCAGGGAGCUGAAUGUAAUCAGGGAUAAGCAGCACAGUCUUCUCUCAUUGCUCCAUACGUUCUAUCCAACACUUCAGAGGUUCCCAGCAGAGAAGCUGUCUGUCUGUAGGAUUCUGCUCAUCUUUGAUGGCCUGGAUGAAAGCAGAUUUUCACUGGAUUUCAUUAACAGUGAGCUCCUUACUGAUGUCACUCAGAAGUCAACAGUCAAUGUGCUGUUGGUCAACCUCAUCAAGGGGAACCUGCUUCCCUCAGCUACUAUCUGGAUAACUUCCAGACCUGCAGCAGCCAAUCAGAUACAUCCUUCAUGUGUUGACAGAGUAACAGAAGUACGAGGAUUUGCUGAUGCGAAGAAGAAGGAGUACUUCAGGAAGAGAUUCAGUGAUGAAGAGCUUUCCAGCAGAAUCAUCUCACACAUCUGGGCAUCAAGAUCCCUUCAAAUUAUGUGUGGGAUCCCAAUAUUUUGCUGGAUCACUGCUACUGUUCUAGAGCACAUGCUGAACACUGAGAAGGGAGAAGAGCUGCCCAAGACCAUGACUGACAUGUAUUCACACUUCAUGCUGGUUCAGACUGAGAUGAAGACGAAAAAGUAUCAUGAAGGACAUGAGAGGAGUCAACAGAAGCCUAUGGAGACAGACGGGGAAGUUCUUCUGAUGCUGGGAAGGUUGGCAUUUGAACAGCUAGAGAAAGGAAACAUCAUUUUCUAUGAAGAAGACGUGGAGGCAUGUGGUCUUGAUGUAAAAGAGGCCUCUGUGUACUCAGGAGUUUGUACCGAAAUCUUCAAAAAGGAGAGUGUCAUUUUCCAGAAGCCAGUCUACUGCUUUCUUCACCUGAGUGUUCAGGAGUAUCUGGCUGCAGUCUACAUAAUCGACUGUUUCACCAACAGGAACACACAGGUCUUGAAGAACUUUCUGACUGAACACAAUAGUGACUCACCACUGGAAGACUUCCUCAAGAAUGUACUGGAAAAAUGCCUCAGAAAUGAAAAUGGGCGGCUGGACCUGUUUGUUCGCUUCCUUCACGGCCUCUGUGUCAAUUCCAGCCAGAGACUCCUAAGGAGCCUGCUGGAUCACACAGAAAGCAGUACAGAAACCAUCCAUAGAGUUAUCAACAACCUGAAGAAACAAAGAAUAUUAGCAUCUCCAGACAGAAGCAUUAACAUUUUCCACUGUCUAAUGGAGAUGAACGAUCUCUCGGUCUAUCAGGAGAUUCAAGAGUUCCUGAAGUCAGAAAACAGAUCAGAGUUCCUCUCAGAGAUCCACUGUUCAGCUCUGGCCUACAUGCUGCAGAUGUCAGAGGAGGUUCUGGAGGAGUUGGAUCUGACAAAGUACAGAACAUCAAUAGAGGGACGACAGAGACUUAUCCCAGCAGUGAGGAAUUGCAGAAAGGCUCGAUUUGCCGACUGUAAACUAUCAGAGACCCAUUGUGAAGUUGUGGCCUCUGCUCUGAAGUCCAACCCUUCUCAUCUUACAGAACUUGACCUGAGUGGGAACAAGCUAAAUUAUUCUGGAGUGGAGCAUUUGUGUACUGGAUUUAGGAGUUUAAACUGCAAGCUUGAAAUACUGAGACUGGAGGUCUGCACGUUGCCAGAGAACAGCUGUAUUUCUCUGGUCUCAGCUCUGAAGUCUAACCCAUCUCAUCUCAAAGAACUACGCUUAAAAGGGAAUGAAGGCAUGAAAGAUGCAGGAGUGAAGGAGCUCUGUGGGUUUCUAAAGAGUCCCCUGUGCAGACUAAAGAUUCUGAGAUUGCAGUGCUGCAGGUUGUCAGAGUUAGAUUCUGCUGCUCUGGUCUCAGCUUUGAAUUCUAACACCUCCCAUCUGAUAGAACUAGAUCUAAGUUGGAAUGAAGAGAUAAAAGACAAUGGAGUGAAGGAGCUCUGUAGUUUUCUAGAGAGUCCAGCCUGCAAACUAACAACACUGAGACUAUCUAACUGCAGUUUGACAGCGAUCAGCUGUGCAUCCCUGGUCUCAGCUCUGAAGGUAAAACCCUCCAUUCUGACAGAACUGGACCUGACAGGAAAUGAAAUCAGCCUAUCAGAUGUCCAACAGCUGUUGGAUGUUGAGAAGAGUCCAAACUACAAUCUGAAGACGCUUAAGUGGAGUUAUUUCUACUAGACAGUGUUUGUGUCCUGAUUAUCCACAGAAGUUGAAACAGCAUCAGUUUGUCUUCAGUGCAAUGUUGAAUGCUUUACAGCUAAUUUGCAUAUGGUUUAAAUAUUCUGAUUUAUUUAUGCAUAUA